AUGAUAGAUAUCAGACGCAAAGCUGUUGAUUUGUCACUUUUUUUUGUUCGUUUACAUUGUGCUGAGUAGAAACCAAAUAUUUACUAGCUAAAAAACAGUUACGGCUGUACGGGAAAAAAAGGAGCUGUAAAAUUACCCCACCUAUUGCUGGUUAUUUUCUGUCCUUGGAUUGAAUUACAGAGCUUCAAUAAUGGAUCUGGUGUGGCUCUUAUACAUCGGAGCGAGUAUAUGCGCUUUCCUUGUCUCUGCCGAGAGGCACACUGUUUUCUGGAAUAGUACCAACCCCAAGUUCCGAUGGGAUGACUAUGCGGUUGAGGUACGCCUGAAUGACUAUCUGGACAUUGUGUGCCCACACUACCCACUGGGCGAGGUGCCGUCGCAGGAUGCAGAGCGUUACGUGCUGUACAUGGUUGAACAUGAAGAUUACGAUUCCUGCCGUCCACAGUCCUACGAUCAGAUGCGCUGGGAAUGCGGCCACCCUUUCGCCCCGCACGCACCUGAGAAAUUUUCCGAGAAGUUCCAGCGCUUCACUCCGUUUACUCUGGGAAAAGAAUUCCGACAGGGCGAAAGCUACUACUAUAUCUCCAAACCACUGCACCACCAUGGACAGGAGUGUAUGAGGCUUAAAGUGAACGUAGUUGCCAAUGAUGGCUCCCAAGAAGCCAGGGUUGGCACAGGAGGUGGAGCCAAGGUGGGAACAGAGGGAGGAGCCCACACACCAUCCAAUCGGUUACCAGCAGAUGAUCCAGUCGUUGCUCUUCCUGAAGUACAGAAAAGCACGCGGACAAACUCUGCAAUUUCAAUAGCAUCCUGGACCGUGCUCGCAACGUUACUCCCCCUCUUAUUGUUGCUGGUCUUACACUGAGAUGAUAAUUGGACUCAAAAUUACACUUACAAAAGACUACAAUGACAGCGUUCUGUGUUGAUGAAAACACAGGGGUAGCUCUUUAAAAACCCAGUGCUGGCCAUUGGGGGAAAUGGACAGGAAGUAGAGCUCUCUCACACUGCUGGUGCAAACUGAGAAAGCAUAACUGGAAUGAAGAGGGCUUUGAACUUUCUUACAUAUGGACACUUCUGAAGAAAAAACAAUGAGACGUCAGUAUUUUUCUGGAAAGAUAAUUCAUGCAAAGGGAGAUUUUUGUUCCCUUUUGUUUUGUUUUUUUAAUUACAUAUAAACUUCUAAUUACCCAAAACCUGGAAACAAUAGCACAGUUUGAAUUGUAAUAGCAUGUUGUUCAAAUAUGGACAACCCCUUUAUUUGAGUGUUAUAGAAUGAGCCAAAGACCACAGAGCUUCUCACGAAAGAGUAGAGCGAUCAAACCUUUCAUUGUUUACUCAUUUUUGUUGAUCCAGAGAAAUAUUUGAUAUACGUAUGAAUUUAUGUAGCAUCAGUUCAGUGGGGUUUAUUCUCAUCCUCUCAUGAUUUUACAAGACUGUGUGCCGUACCUGGAAUUUAACCAUGGAAAACGGCACAGAACACACACAGACACAAAACACACUCUGAUACUGUUUACCAAACCCACUGACACACUUGCUGAUCCAGAAUUGCUGUGUUGUUUUUGUAAAUUAAUUGUUUGAAGAGUUAGUAAAUUAUUAGUUUUGCUGCAGAACAAAUUACUGUAUACAGCAAACAAAAAUGUUACUGUGUGAAAGGGAAAGAGAGAGAGAGAGAGAGAGAGAGAGAGAGAGUUAUAGUGAGCGGGUUAAUGUGUAUGUAAAUUUGUAAAUGUAAGAGAAGGGGGAAAGGUAACAAAAAGGAAAUGAUGUCGACUGGACAAACACACACACUGCCAAGUGUGUGGGGUUGGGUUGGACCGUGCACCCUUAGCAUUUAAACUGCCAAGCACAAUCAAUGAAAAACAAACACUCAUACAUAAAAUGUAACAACAACAAAAAAUUACAGUUUAUAUGUGGAAAGAAAUACCCACUGUAGUUAUAAUUCUUUUCAACUGUUCUUAGAGCAAAAGUAAAGCUUUUUUAGUUUUUCCCCCUUAGAACACUUUAGGUAAAACUGUGUAAUAUAAUCAGAAAAUACAGAAGAAAAUAAGUCAACAGAUUUUUAAAAGCAAUUAAACUAAGCUAAAUAUUGCAAUAUUUUAGUGAUUGACCAAUAUCGGUUUGUAGAUGGCUGAUGCCGAUACAGAUAUCUAGAGAUCUAGGUGGCUGAUGCCCAAUAAAAUCUAUAAACAUACUGUAUAUAUAUAAUGCAAUUUCAUGAGAUGCAAAAAACAAUGAAAAUUAAUGCAGAUUUAUUUUCCCCACAUUUACUCAAAUAUUACCACAAAAACUGAAAAAUGUGCAUUAUUCAUUGGCUGAUGGGAGAUUUUGAAACUGACACGAGGGAAUCGGCAAAGCAGGCAGUUAUUCACAAGUGCUGAUAAUCUAAAAAUGGUCAAAUAUUGGAUGAUUAAUCGGCCUGCCCAAUAUAUUGGUCUAUCACUAAGAUAUAUAAACACUUUUUUGGAACAAAAUUCCAUCAAAUUAAAUGGAGUAAUCUUUAACUAAAUACAAAAAAUUAAAAACCUAAAUAUGUAAAGUUUUAUUCAUUUAAUUUAGUUAAAAAUUACACAGUUCAGUUUGAUGGAAUUCUGUUGGUAAAUUGGAAUGCGUAAAUGUAAGAAAAUAUGCUAAAAAAACAAACAAACACCAGACUGAGUGUAACUAUUGUUACCGGGAGCAGGAGAAACUUUUAAAAGUUUCAAAUUUAUGAAAGACAUACACUUAUAACACUAAUCAACUAAAAUUACAGCACUAUGAACAACACACAACACACUCUGACUGGUGACAUAGCAUUCAAUGUAGCUGUUUUAGCUCACUUCCGAGCAGUUGUUUGUGCGACUGAUGUAGCUGUAUAUGACUAACGUUAAAUCACUCCGAUUUGUUUUUCAAGAUUGUUUGUUUUUUCCUUUAUUCUCUUAUGCCAUUCUUAUAUUCUUAUUUUGUACAUGUGUUGUGUAAAAUGUAUAUUAUGUAUAUAAUGAAGAUUAUAUAAAAAAGAGACAUUUGAUAAAGAAGAAAAAAAAAAGUUAAUGUGAAAAUUCUUAUGUGAAAAUAAAUGAUAUUUUAGGAAAGUGUGA